GACACUUCAUCCUGCUUUAUUGCCGGGAUUAUAUUCACAAACUCAACUUUUGCCUGCUCUCUCCUUGCUGUCCCCGAAGAAAGAGCUCGUCGAAUUCAACCGUGGAUCUGGCCUUCAGCUGCUGCUGAAUCGACCCGCCACCUUGCAACAAUGGCUUCCAUAUCUGUUGUCGUCAAGCACCAGGGCAAGAAGUAUGAGGUAGAAGUCGAUCCCGAGUCGACAGGCUUGGACUUCAAGCUUCAGCUCUUCAGCCUUACAAACGUCGAACCCGAACGCCAAAAGAUCCUCAUCAAGGGCGGCCAGCUCAAAGAUGACGCUGAAAUGAACAAGAUGAACCUCAAGGCUGGCCAAAGCAUCAUGAUGAUGGGUACGCCAGGAGACGGUGCCGGAGACCUUGUCCGCCCGGCAGAGAAGAUCAAGUUUGUCGAGGACAUGACCGAGGCCGAGCAAGCUCAGCAAGCUGGUGCCACCCCUGCAGGCCUCAUCAAUCUCGGAAAUACAUGCUAUCUGAACUCGACUCUGCAGACGCUGCGUUCAAUCCCCGAACUUCAGACGGCCCUGACAACAUACAGCCCCCUGGGCACGCCGCAGACGGACUUGGCUGCCCAGCUCUCCAACUUAUACAAGAACAUGGGCAAUACGCAGGAUUCUAUCCAGCCCUUGAGCUUCCUCUCGGCACUGAGGCUCGUAUUCCCCCAGUUUGCUGAAAAGUCCAAGAGUGGCCCUGGAUAUGCCCAGCAAGAUGCCGAAGAGGCCUGGUCUCAGAUCGUUCAGCAACUCGGUCAAAAAGUCACAAUCAAGACCACCCCCGACACACCCAGCAUUUCGUUCGUCGAAAAGUACAUGGCUGGGCAGUUCUCUUCAGUCCUUGAGUGCGACGAGGAAGAAGCCCGAAAUGGUGGCGAACAGGCGAUUGCCUCGAGAGAGGCCUUUUACAAACUCGACUGCCACAUUGAUGGUCAGACAAACCACUUGAGAGAUGGCAUCAUGACCGCACUAAGUGAGAAGCUGGAGAAGAGAUCCGAGGUACUUGGCCGAGACGCCACUUAUACCAAAAAGUCCAAGAUAUCCCGGGCUCCCAAGUACCUCACUGUCCACUUUGUACGCUUCUUUUGGAAAAGAGAAACAAAGAAGAAGGCCAAGAUCAUGCGCAAAGUCACAUUCCCUCAAGAAUUGGACAUUGUCGAGUUCUGCUCAGAUGAGCUCAAGGACGCCCUGAUCCCCGUGCGAGACAAGGUCCGCGAAGUUCGGAAGGACGAAGAGGACAUUGAGCGCGCUCGUAAGCGCCGGAAGAAGACUCAUGACAAGGACAUGAGCGAUGUCGCCGGCGGCUCAGGCCUGCCUUCGGAGAGGGAGCUUAAGCAACAGAAGCAGAAGGGGGAAAGCAAACCACAGCAGGCAGAUGACGCCGACACCGUCAUGGGCGAGACUUUCAAGACGGAUGCUCAGGUUGAGGCGGAGAGCGAGGCCGCGCUUCUUUCCGCCAAGAAGGAGCUCAAUGCCCUGAUCAAUCCCGCUCUGCGCGACGACGAUGGUGCCAACCAGUCAGGCCUCUACGAGCUCCGUGGCGUCGUCACCCAUCAGGGCGCUGGUGCCGACAGCGGCCACUACACGGCGUACGUCAAGAAGACGGGAUCUGUGGAUCCCAAAACGGGCAAGAAGGAAAAGGAGGAUGGCAAUUGGUGGUGGUUCAAUGACGAUAAGGUAUCCGAGGUGACGGUCGACAAGGUUGAAGCAUUGGCCGGCGGCGGCGAGUCCCACUCAGCCUUGAUUCUCCUCUACAAGGCAAUUCCUCUGCCCAGCUCUGAGGGCAUCGAGGAGUAAGCCGGCUAGGCUUCCCGUACAUCGUUCUCUUCCGUUCUUGUUUUUGUCACAGGCAGCGGGCGGGAAGAAUAGGAUUUGCAGAAUUGGGCGUUUGGAUUAGUUACUACUAGUGGACGGUGAUGGAACCAAGGUCGGAUUUUGUCUAGAGCUGGUGAUGAACUUUCUGGCCAACGACACAUGCCAUAAUGUAUAGAACAGAAUGCUCAAUGAACCAGAAAAGGCAAUUUAAACACAAUUGGAUUAAAGUUUUUGUUAC